AUGCGGCUGCUGCUCUUCAUCAUUCGUGAUCGACUGCUCAUCACAACAAGGCCCCCGAUCCGCGACACCUCCUUGCCAAGUCAACAAACAGCCCAGCCAAGCGUGAUGGAAACAACAAACUCGGUCUAGGGAGCCGGAAUGUGGGAUAACAUCCGUCGGGUUUUACGUCAUUUCACCCAAGCACUUGUCGUUACGGUUGUUUCUACUUUCUAGACCACCCAUCUAUCUAUACGAAUACAUAAAACGAAAACCCCGUCGGUUUCUGCCCAUGAGCUCGCAGCGACGCUCGCUCUCACUUAAACUUUGUCCCUCAUUUCUCUUUUCCCCCUUCUUAUCCCGCUUUCCCCCCCCCUUCUGGCCGGCCACCUUUCUGGUUUCCUAAGAAACAUCACGUAACCCGUCUCCGUUUCUCCACAACUUCCCUUUUGCCAAGAAGCUCAUGGGAGGCCUUCGGGAUCUCGUCGAGUCGUUAUCAGGAGAACCCCGCGGCUCUAAUCAGCAAACUCGGCGUUGAGGCAGCGCGCGAUGGAGCAGCAUCGUGCCAGAGCCCCCGCCGCCGACCCACGGACUGUGGCCGAACCGGCCGCAAAAGGCAUUUCCCUCUUCACCGCCCGGCCAUGGCCCCAGCCUCGACGGCUCAAGUAGGUAUAGUAGUAGUAGUAGUUGGUCAAUCGUCGAAUCCACCACUCCGAGCUUUCAACGAGCUUUCAAAAAAAACCUUGAAGACUGGCGGCGUUCCUAGAUGCCCAAGAUUCCAGACGAGGCCCGAGAUGCGUCGCUGGGGAGUGACCACAUGUACCCGAGGGCAUCCCGCCUCCAAAAUGCCAAAGUGAAAGAAAGCUUGUGAAGUGUCAAGUCUGUUACUGCUCUUAUUGUUGCUGCUGCUACUACUGCGAUCGGGCUUCUGCUUUCUGCACCACGACCGACGACCUGCAUCGGUGAUGCUCUAAACGGCAUCGGCAUCGGCAACGUAAUAACCAAAACAUCUCAUCCUCGCAUCUUCACCCGCCGGCUUCCCUUCCCUACCUCUCCUCCUCGGUGGGAUUAUUGGAAACACGCACCAAACGCGCGCGCCAACUCUAGUUUGCAGUUCGCGCGUGCUUCACCGCAAAGAACAGCCAGAUCCGUACGUCCCGUCGAGAGAGAGAGAGAGAGAGAGAGAGAGAGAAACAUUUGAUUCAUCCAGCGGGCGGAGAGAGUUGGCCGUCAUUAUCUUACUUUUUUCCCCCUCUUCUCCCUCUCUGGCGCUUCCGGUGCUUGUUUAUACUGUUCGAGUUGGGUGGUGUAUACGUCGCUUGGUGAUCAAUACUUCUCAACUCUGAAUUGGGUAUUGAAAGAGGAGGAGGAGGAAGAGCCAAGACGAACACACACACACACACACACACACACACAAACACAUACAUACGCAGAAGCAUACGCUCGCACGCACGCACGUACGCACGGCGAACAAACCCAGCAGCAAACACCUACCUGCAUGACCUCUCGAUGCAACCCUGCACUGGGCUGAGCUAAAAGGGAAAAUAAAGUGGCGUCAUGCCAUUCCUGGCGGAAAAGGAAAAGUCCCCCUUUGGGCACGACCUUUCCGAACCCGGUACCGAGCACAGUUCCGAGCAGGACACGCCGAGCCCGAGCCUCUCCCCGAGGACCGACGAGGAGAGCGGCGGCGACAGCGACGGCGGCGACGGCAACCACCUCGCAACAACGCCGGACGCCCUCUCCGAGAAACCGGCACCGGGCCCCCCGAACGGCGGCUUGAGGGCCUGGCUCCAGGUCCUUGCGUCCUUUUUCAUAUACUUCAAUACUUGGGGUCUCGUCGCCAGCUUCGGCGUCUUCCAGGUCCACUAUGAGGCCGACCUGCUGCAGGAGUACAGCCCCUUCGCCAUCUCCACCAUUGGCUCCCUGCAGAGCUUCCUGAUGGUCUUCCUGGGCUGCUUCGCCGGCCCCAUCUUCGACCUGGGUUACGCGCGCCAACUGCUCUGGGCCGGCUCCAUGCUCAUCGUCGCCGGUACCGUCGCCCAGAGCUUCAGCCGGACCCUCUGGCAGCUGCUCUUGUCGCAGGGGCUCUGCGUGGGCGCCGGCAUGGGCAGCCUGGCCGUCCUGGGCGUCGCCGUCCUGUCGCCGUGGUUCUCCACGAGGCUACCCGUGGCCUUUGGCGUCGCCGCGGCGGGGAGCGGUGUUGGCGGUCUGGUACUGCCCAUCCUGUUCCGGUCCCUCGAGCCCGAGAUCGGCUUCGCCUGGACGGUGCGGACCAUGGCGCUGGUGGCGCUGGCCACCCAGGGCGUGUCCAUCGUCAGCAUGCACACGCCAAGGACGCCGCGGCGGAGGCGCGCCUGGAUCGACCGGUCCGCCUUCACGGACGCCCCUUACCUCCUCUUCGUGGCAGCCUGCUGUCUCGUCUUCCUGGGCAUGUACACGCCCUUUGUCUACAUCCAGGGCUUCGCCCUCCAGCGCGGCGCCGCGAGCUCCCAGGUCGACAAGUACCUGCUGGCCAUCAUGAACGGCGGCUCCAUUCUCGGCCGCGUCAUCCCGAACCUGUUCGCCCAGCGUCUCGGCGGCAUGAACCUGCUCGUCGCCGCCGUGUUCGUCAUGUCCGUCUCGGCGCUCUGCCUCAUGGCCGUCCAGCACACCGCCGGCCUGGUCGUCGCCCUCGUCUUCUACGGCUUCAGCAGCGGCAGCUUCUUCUCGCUGCAGCCGGCCACCUUCGCCAAGCUCACCCGGGACCGCGACUACAUCGGCACCCGCCUCGGCAUGGCCUACGCCGUCAUGUCCGUCGCCCUGUUGUUCGGGUCCCCCGUCGGAGGCGCCCUGGUGCGCUCCGUCAGCUUCUCUAGCGCUUGGGUAUGGGCCGGCGUGUGCCUUGCGCUGGGCAGCGUUAUGGCUGCCGUCUCCAGAGGCAUGGCCAGCGGCUGGGACUGGAGAAAGCCUACGUAAUGUUUAAACGAUAAUGAUGGUUUGGUUUGGGGGCAACCCGCGUUGCUCGACCGGCAAAACCUCCCUGUAGCCGUUGAAGGGUCCGACCUCGAUCGAUGGCUAUGAUGGGAAGGUUCUUUUGAAGCAUGUUGCAUUGGAUAUGAUUUACAGCCUGUCUUGUGUGGUAUUGGCAUGAGCAUAGACGAUACGAUACCCCGUAGAUUUCAUGGUUUUACUGCAUAACGCGUAACGAAGAUUCAUGUUUACAUUUGGCUCUUUUCUGACCAAGACCGUGUACAAUGAUUGGUUCU